GUAUGGUUUGUCGGAACCGGUCUGCUCCUCACUGUGACAUCGGAUAGACCGGGGUCUGCUACCGGACUGGGAGAUAAAAUGUUUCUUGUGAAGACAUGGACUGGGAUGAAGUGGAGCUGAAUCCUCGGAUCAUUUCCGCCCUUAAUCAAGCCAAUAUAAAAUCAGCCGAAACCGUAUUAACGCUUUCAGUGCCGGAGCUGCUGAAGCUGACCAGGCUUUCGGUCGACGAUGUCCGCUGUUUGCAGACGGCCGUGGCAGGCACCAUCAGGAAAAACGCCAUGGUUACGGCCCUGGAGUUGCGCGAUGAAAAGAGUCGGUUUCCUUCCCAGCAUCAAAAGCUUAGCUUCGGCUGCGGGGUCCUGGACAGGCUGACGAGAGGCGGGAUCCCUCUGGUUGGGAUCACGGAGCUUGCUGGGGAGAGCUCCGCCGGGAAAACCCAGAUCGCUCUGCAGCUGUGCCUGACUGCGCAAUACCCCGUGCAGUACGGCGGCCUAGGGGCAGGAGCCGUCUACAUCUGCACAGAAGACGCCUUUCCGAGCAAACGUUUGCAACAGCUGAUCACGUCCCAGCAGAAGCUGAGGUCACACGUCCCCUCUGAUGUCAUCAAGACCAUACGAUUCGGCGACGGUAUUUUUGUCGAGCACGCGGCCGACGUUGACAUGCUCACCGACUGUAUCACGAAGAAGGUCCCCAUCCUCCUCCUCCGGGGCGCCGUCCGCUUCAUUGUCAUAGACUCCAUCGCGGCUUUAUUCCGCUGCGAAUUCGGAGCCGGCGACGCCGUUCUGAAAGCAAAGCAUCUCCAGACCCUGGGGGCCAAACUUCACGCCCUGAGCAGCCGGUUUACGGCCCCCGUGCUCUGCAUUAAUCAGGUAACGGACACAAUGACGGACUCCGGUCACUUGGGAUUACGUGGUAAGAAAGCGGCUCCAGCGCUGGGCAUCUCCUGGGCGAACCAGCUUUUAAUGAGAGUUACGGUAACGCGGACCUCGCAGGAAGCCCCGCAGCCCCACACCGGCUGCGUCCUGAGGACCCUGGAAGUCACGUUUGCCCCUCACCUCCCUCGCUCGUCGUGUUACUACACCGUGGAUUCGGACGGCGUGAAAGGAAUCGACGGGCAGUGAGCGGAUCACGUAACGAGCAAAACGCGGACUAUUCGAACACCCCCCCCAACAAAAAAAUACAGAACUCGACCCAUUCCGAACUGCCUGACUGUACUCUUCUACAACUCCCAUCACUCCCAGUCUCAACAAUGGUCUACAGAUCAGAUAACAAAAUGCAGCCACGUAUCUUCAGCUGUCGUAAAAGGAAGCUAUAAUAAAGACGUGUAUGUACGUCGCGUGUCCUUAAAGGGGCGCCGUCCAGAUUAUACUCUUUUAAUCAUGUUUUUUCCCCACUUAUGUAUAAUAUUAAACUCUACCUCCUAUGUUAUUGCGGUUUGUAAACCAUCUCUAGCACUUGGCGCUCAUUCGCAACGCAGGUAGCGCCUGGGAAGCGUUACUAUGAUGGAGCCACAGUUAAUUUCUCUUAUUUCCUAUUAAAAAAAACAAUUAUGGGUCUUUCUCUAAAACAGCAGAAUUACAAGUCAAUCUCUAAAUAUAUAACCAUAUAUAAAGUAUAAAAAAAACAAUUUACGUGAAAUUCCACUGCUACCCGAGACUCGCAUGAAAAAGGCGCUAUAGGAGAUCGACUGUACGUGCUGCGAAUGCCGCUCUGUAAAAAUAACAAGACAAAUAAAGUUUGUGGAUUCAAGACACAAGAA